GACCACUCCAGCACGGCUGAGGAGACCCAUAACCCGGUCCCCGAAUAUCGCACGACACCGCGAAUUAUCGUUGGCUCCUGAUAUCUGUGCAGAGCCGUCUGCCGUCGGCAACUUACUUCCCGUCUUAGGAACGCUACACCUCCGGCAACAUGAAGCUCAAGCGCGCGAAAGCCUACCGGAAGCUCAUGCACCAGUAUGAAGUCACAUUUGGCUUCCGCAGUCCGUACCAGGUCCUCGUUGACGACCAAAUCCUCGAAGACUGCUGGCGCGGCAAAAUCCAGCUCCUCGAGCGGCUGCAGGGCUGUCUCCAGGGCGCCAUCAAACCCAUGGUGACGCAAUGCUGCAUGCGAGCGCUCUACAACGCGAAGCCCAAGAACGACGCGCUCAUCAAGUGGGCCCAAGACAACCUCGAGCGCCGCCGCUGCAACCACCACGAGCUCGAAGAGCCGCUCUCCGCGCUGGAAUGUCUCUCCGCUGUCAUCGACCCCAAAGACAGCAAGACAAAUAAACAUAGAUAUGUAGUCGCAUCACAGGAUCGCAAAGUGCGGGCUCAUCUCCGCACCAUACCUGGUGUGCCGCUUAUAUAUUUGGAACGCGCUGUCAUGAUUAUGGAACCGAUGAACACCGCCUCGGAAGAGCUAAGGGAGCGGGAGGAGAGGAACAAGUUCAGAUUGGGACUCAAAGGCCAACGCAACCCCGACCAGCCUCCAAAGAGGAAGCGCGACGACGAAGAGCAAGGUGCCGAGGAGCAGAACACGGAAGAAGCCAGGCCGCAGAAGAAGAAAAAGCAGAAAGGUCCCAAACAGCCUAACCCACUGAGCAUGAAGAAGGCCAAGAAGGAGGUUCCCCCAGGAAGCGCGACGAAGCCCAAGUCUACAGAACCAAAACCGCCCCGACCGGCAGCGGCAGACUCGACCGACCACCCCGCAGCGGACGGUGAAGAUGCAGGACCCCGCAAGCGGAAGCGGAAGCACAAGCCCAAGGGUGACGGUGACGCCGCAGCCAACGUCGACGCAGAGGCGGCAGCGGCCUGAUUUACGACUUCGAAUGCGUGUCCCUGGUCGCGAUAUAGCAUCUACAGGUCUAUGAGGAAGAUGCUUGGCGCAUGCGGUCGCCUUCAGACUGUGAAUGGUUAAAAGAAAGAACAUUCGCAGGCGUUAUUGGCACAUACCCAACACGCGGUAGACAGGAGGAGCUUUGAAGCCUGCGACACAACAAAUCGUGCCAUGUUAGGCCUGCUCCUAAGGAUAUCCUGUGGCCAGGGUUAGGUUAGAUAUCGCCCGCCAGGCUCAGUUCACACCUUCUUGCCCUGUGCAAGGAGGUCUGAAACCUUUGGCGGGAGAACCAGCGUACUACGGUCGUUACGCUUGACGAACUCGACGAUCGCCUCGGCUGUCUUCUCAGGGAGAUCUUCCUGGAGAAAGUGCCCAGCUGCAGGAAAGACUUGCAGCUGAAAUUUGCCU